GCGAUUGCCACUGCUCCGCGAUGCGAUCGGGGUAUGUCGGUGACUUCCUCCUCUGUCAGGAGAUAUAAGGGCUGCUCCUAUCGGGCGCCUGCAGAGCCCUCUGCAGCUGGGAGCAUCCAGGCCGAGCUGCCGUCGCGGUGCUCUGUGUCUGCUGCCGCCCUCCUGCCGCCGUCACGGCCCCGUCCCCAUGGUCUGUUGGGCUGCGCAGAGGCCAGCGGGGCAGAGCGGGGCCCGGUGUGCCGCAGGGCGCUGACGUGGGAGCCGCCGCCUGGACCUCGUGCUCUGGUAGAAGACCCCCGAUACUCUGAUGGAUCUGAGGCCCUGCUCACUGCUCCUGCUCUGGACUCUGGUGGUUGCCCUCGCUCUCCUGGCCCGAGAGGUGUUGGCCCAGCGCAUUUACACCAACACCUGGGCUGUGCUCGUCCCCGCUGGGCCGCUGGAGGCCAACCGGCUGGCCAGGAAGCAUGGAUUCCUUAACCUGGGCCCGAUUUUCGGUGACUAUUACCACUUCCAGCACCGCGGCGUGGUGAAGCGCUCCCUUUCACCCCACCAGCCCUGGCACAGCCGUUUGGCACGGGAGCCACAGGUGCACUGGCUUGAGCAGCAGGUGGCGAAGCGCAGGACCAAGCGAGACAUUUUCAUGGAGCCCACAGACCCGAAGUUCCCGCAGCAGUGGUACCUGUACAACACAAACCAGCGGGACCUGAACGUGCGUCAGGCCUGGGAGCAGGGUUACACGGGCAAGGGCAUUGUGGUUUCCAUCCUGGAUGAUGGCAUUGAGAAGAACCACCCUGACCUGGAGGCUAACUACGAUCCAGGGGCAAGCUUUGAUGUCAAUGACCAGGACCCAGACCCACAGCCCCGUUACACACAGAUGAAUGACAACAGGCAUGGCACUCGAUGCGCUGGGGAAGUCGCUGCCGUAGCAAACAAUGGGAUCUGUGGCGUUGGCGUGGCUUACAAUGCCCGGAUUGGAGGUGUGCGCAUGCUGGAUGGGGAGGUGACGGAUGCUGUGGAGGCCCAUUCCCUGGGUCUCAAUCCCAACCACAUCCACAUCUACAGCGCCAGCUGGGGCCCUGAGGACGAUGGCAAGACGGUCGAUGGCCCAGCCCGGCUGGCAGAGGAGGCCUUCUUCCGAGGGGUCAGCCAGGGACGCGGGGGGCUGGGCUCCAUCUUCGUCUGGGCAUCUGGAAACGGGGGCCGUGAACACGACAGCUGCAACUGUGAUGGUUACACCAACAGCAUCUACACACUGUCCAUCAGCAGCACCACGCAGUAUGGCAACGUACCCUGGUACAGCGAGGCCUGCUCCUCCACCCUCGCCACCACCUACAGUAGUGGCAACCAGAAUGAGAAGCAGAUCGUGACAACUGACCUGAGACAGAAGUGCACCGAAUCGCACACGGGGACAUCGGCUUCAGCGCCUCUCGCUGCUGGGAUCAUUGCUCUUGCCCUGGAGGCAAACAAGAACCUAACCUGGAGGGACAUGCAGCACCUGGUGGUGCAGACCUCGAAGCCGGCGCACCUCAAUGCCAAUGACUGGGUCACCAACGGCGUUGGCCGCAAAGUCAGCCACUCCUACGGCUAUGGCCUGCUGGACGCCGGGGCCAUGGUAAGCCUGGCCAGGAACUGGAUCACAGUGGGACCUCAGAGGAAAUGUGUCAUCGACGUCCUCACGGAGCCUAAGGACAUCGGGAAGCGCCUGGAGGUGCGACGGAAGGUUGAUGCCUGCCUGGGGAAGGCCAACUACAUCAGCCGGCUGGAGCACGCGCAGGCCCGGCUGACACUGUCCUACAACCGGCGGGGCGACCUGGCCAUCCACCUCGUCAGCCCCAUGGGCACCCGCUCUACCCUCCUGGCUGCCAGGCCCCAUGACUACUCGGCUGAUGGCUUCAAUGACUGGGCCUUCAUGACGACACACUCGUGGGAUGAGGACCCCUCUGGGGAGUGGCUGCUGGAGAUUGAGAACACUAGUGAUGCCAAUAACUACGGCACACUGACCAAGUUCACGCUGGUGCUGUACGGGACGGCCACUGACCCCCCUGGGCUCUCCAAUCAGCUGGAGAGCAGUGGCUGCAAGACCUUGACCCCCAGCCAGACCUGCGUGGUCUGCGAAGAGGGAUACUACCUGCACCAGAAGAGCUGCCUGAAGCGCUGCCCCCCUGGCUUCGCACCUGGAGUGCAGAACACACACUACAACCUGGAGAACAGCAUGGAGCCCAUCGCACCCCAGCUCUGCCUGCCCUGCCACCCCUCCUGCGCCACCUGCACGGGGCCCGGCCCCAAUCAGUGCCUGACCUGCCCCGCACACUCCCACUUCAGCAGCUUGGACCUCUCCUGCUCCCACCAGACGCAGAGCAGCCGUGCGUCCCCCGCCCUGGUGGAGGGCGAGGGGCAGUCUGAGGCCCCUCCUCCAGCCAACCCGCUCGUCCUCAUCGCCAGCCUCAGCUGCGUUCUCAUUGUCGUCAUCUUCAUCACCGUCUUCCUGGUGCUGCAAGUGCGCUCCGGGUUCAGCCUGCGGGGCGUGAAGGUCUACGCCCUGGACAGCGGCAUCAUCUCCUACAAGGGGCUGCCCUCCGACAUCUGGCAGGAGGAGGGCCCUUCGGAGUCGGACAUUGAGGAGUGCGAAGUGCACAAUGAGAGGACUGCCUUCAUCAGAGACCAAAGUGCCCUUUGAUGAGCCCUCUGCCCCUCCCUCCUCCUCCUGGCACCGCGGGGCAGGGGCAGAUGAGGCCGAGGGGCCUGGACUCUGCUCCCGUCCCCCUCCGCGGCAUUCUGGGCUCCCCACUGCUGGUACCGUCCUCAGCCCUGUGCUGUCCCCGUCCCGGACCAUCUCUCACAGCCUCGUGUCCAUGCUGUGCCCUGUGCUGGUGUGUGGCCAGACCCUGGUGCUGGCUUUGUGCUGGCAGCUGCGUUCCUUCCCCUGGGCCGGCGGUUGCUGGGGGCCACACGUGGCUGCGGGGAUGGGGGCCGGGCGCCCUUGUUGGUGUUGCCCUGACUGGGCUACCUGAGGCUCCCCGCCGCCUCCCCAGGGCCUGUCUGCCUCCACCCGUGCCCUUCAACAGCAAUAAUGGCCAGGCCUCAGCCCCCUACCUCCUUGCCCGCUGCUGCCUGUCCCACCACAGCCACCUGCAGCGCGGAUCGGAGCCCAGUGAUGGAGGGUGUGGGCAUAGCAACGCCUUCCCCUGCGCCCAAGGCUGUGCCCUCAGUGUAGGGAGGGCCCCCUGCUCAGCAGCAGCCCCUGUUCUGCCCCGGGCAGGGCUGCGGCACUGCUGGGUCUGUUGGGCAGCCCUGGUGCCCGCUGCGCCCGGCUCUGCCUGCACCCUGCCAGGGCCAGGCAGAGCCUGCUGUGCUGGCAGCCCCAGCCCCACCGCCCCAGCCCCGAUGUGCCUUUCCCCCACUUGGUGACAAUCCGUUCUGCUCCCCCCCAGAGCCCCCGGCACCCCCCCGCCCUCAACCCACUCCCUGCAUGGUGGGGGUCGGUGCCACCCGCCCCUUUGCCGUCCACCGCCGCUGCACACCGGGCCGUGGCACGGGCUCCUGCCUGCCCCAUGCCAACCCCGGCCCAUGAACGGAGCUGCUGGCAGGGGGCCACAGGACUAUUUUUCUAUAAUAACUUUUUGGUGCACAGUAAUUUUUUCUUGUAAUUUAAUCAGCCGGGAGCUGCCUCCUGAGCCCGUUUUUAAUUUAAUGGAUGUGGAUAUAACGCUAGAGAGACUGAGUUAUUAAAUGUUCAGAACUAUGCAAACCA